AUGAUCUAUGCAUUUGUGAUGCAAGAAAGAGACCUAAAAAGAAGUAAAAAGUAUAAAGAUAGAGCAUUAUUAUUUGCAAAGCAAUUUAUUCAUUGGUUUAGUGAUGAUGGGGCUUGUAUUCCAUUUGGUAGAUCCUGUACUUAUAGAUGUGCAGUCGAUGAUUUCUGGGACAUGUUGGCUUGUGUCAUAAAAGCCGAUGAAGAGCCUAUAAUUCCAUGGGGUGUAUUAAAAGGAAUUUAUUUAAGAAAUUUGCGUUGGUGGUCCAAACAACCGGUAUCUUUCUUUAGAACAAACAUUCUAUCUGUUGGUUUCAGUUACCCCAAUCAAUUUAUGUGCGAAAACUAUAAUUCACCACAGUCUCCAUAUUGGUGUCUUAAAGCAUUUGCAUCACUAAACUUGCCGGAAUCUCACCCUUUCUGGUCUACUAAGGAGAAGUCACUAACUUUAGACAAUACCUCUCUAAAAGUUCCAGGUAUGCGAAUGUCACACAAUAAAGGUAACACAAUGGCUUUAAUCAGUGGUCCAUAUCAGCUAUUUAUGAGACAUAUAGCUGAGAAGUAUUGCUUAUAG